AUGGCUAGACUGUUGGUGCUUUUUGCGGUGGUUCUGCUCCCCUUGCUCAUGAAUGGACAGCAGACUCCUUUCACUAUCCGCGGCCGUGUGUACUGUGACACUUGCCGGUGUGGCUUUGAGACCCCGGCCUCCACUUACAUUCAUGGGGCGAGGGUUAGAAUUGAGUGCAUAAACAGGGAUACUUUAGAAGUAAAAUACAGCAAAGAUGGAGAGACAGACUCAACAGGAACAUACAACAUACAGGUUGAAGACGAUCACCAGGAUCAAAUUUGCUACGCAAAGCUCGUUAGCAGCCCGAUGGGAAGCUGCAAAACACCAGGUCCAGGACGAGACCAUUCCGAAGUCAUUCUCACUCGCUCAAAUGGAGCUGUUUCUAAUCUCCAUUAUGCAAAUUCUCUCGGAUUCCUGAGGAAUCAGGUUCUCCCUGGAUGCACCCAGUUUCUGAAGCAAUACCAGCUCCAAGACGAUGCUAUUUAG